AAACAUACACAUAUCUGUGCCGCACGUUUCAUGUAUGUAAUGCUUGCCCUCCUCGAUACCAUGGCGCGUCGCCUUGACACCUUCAACUUUCUUCUGCCAGCGACAUGAACUUCCCGCCCCAAGAGAUACAGGAUGCUAUCGGAUCGGACGACAUUGACAGGCUCCUUUCGUGGCUUCAUAGCCACCCGGAGCCGAGCUACAAAGUGUCACAAGGAUGUCUGACAAUAGCGAUGCGAAAUGGAUCACUGCGCAUGCUCAAAACUCUACUGGACCACGGCGCUACAUUGUCGAUUCUAUCGUUCAACGCAGCUUUCGCUAGAGAUGAACCUGCCGUGUUUCAAGAACUCAUCGAUCAUGGUUGGGAUGUCAACAGCACAGAGUUUGAAACGCCAGCUGUCCACCGAGCUCAGCGUUCCGAAAACCUGCUACGCUGGUUCCUCGAUCACGGCGCCGAUCCAAACGUCAAAUCUGUAAGACGAGGGUCAUGUCUGCAGCCUUGUACCGCCCUCGCCUCAGCGGCACGUCGGGAAGACGCAACACCACUGCAGAUUCUGUUGUCUCAUGGGGCCACUAUGGAUCCGUUGGCACUGUUUAGCGCCAUUGGAGUUCGGGGCCAAAGGAACGGCAUCGCUACUAUGGCUGUGUUGAUCGAUCAUGGUGCCGAUGUCAACUACGCGUCAAAGAAGUGGGCUACGCCGCUCGACCACGCCGUUCGACAUAACGCCAAGGAAAAAUUGUUGUAUCUGCUGAAACAUGGCGCAGAUCCUACCAUCCGGUGCGAGGUAAGCCAAACGACGCCAACCGAGUACGCGCAGGAACGCGGUUGCGAAGAAUUAUACGAGAUUCUGAAAGCAGCCGAGCUUGGUCAACCUUAGUGGCACAUGCGGCAGACCAGUCGACUAUGCCACAAUUCUGUUCCAAGCAAUGUGUUCAUCUCGCUCUUAGGGAAAAGUGAUAGUCUAACGGAUUGGAC